AUGAUCCAGGCUUCAUCCAGGGUCUUGUCGUUGUCGCAGUACGCGGAAGAGGAGGCAGUCGUUGUUAUGAGCUUUGAUUCUAUAGGGUCGCCGGGGGAACGCUUUUCGGGCUCGGUCUCUCGUCCAAAUAACCUCUGGAAUCGAUCUAGAGACCUCGGGAACGGCCGGGAAUCGCUCUGCCACGGCGCCCCGAGAACACCUCCGCCUCUCCCGUCCUCGACCGCACGAAGCCCGUCCGAGGAAGAGGCCGCGCGCUUUCGACGAGUUCGUACGGCCGUUGCAAGUAGUUACGGCGGCAUAUCUUGCAAUGGUGCAAUGUUCGGGCCGGAAUGGAGUCCCAUGAGCUGGGCCCCAACAAACGCGCCUAACCGCCCAGCCUCCCGCCCUCCGUCCCUAAGAGGGUCCCCCAACCACCUGCGUCCAGACCCUCCUCCCUCCAUUUUAGAAGGCAGUCGGCCACGCACCUGCCCUCAAGAACGCCUGCCCCAGCCAUUAUUGCACCUGCCUCAAGACCCCUCCCCCACCAUGCCCGCCAACAACCCCUCUGCACCCACCACGCUUCUUCUCCUGCACCUCCCCAUCUCCGACCCUAGUCCCCCACCACCCUCAGCCCACGCCCAACAACCCCUCUCCCCACCACCACCAUUCUCCUCACCUCCCAUCUCCGACCCUGAGGGCAGUCCCCCACCCACCUGCCUCUCCCGCACCACCUGCCACGAGGGCCUCUCCCCCAAGUACCCCCCCACCUUCUCCCCACCUCCCCAUCUCCCGCACAUUUCUGAGGGCAGUCCGCACUUUCUAAAUGAACUGGAACUAUAA